GCCACCACCAGCACCACGCGGGCGCGGCGGGCCGCAGGGGCAGCAGGACGCUCGACCGGCACGCGCGCCGCCACCACGGGAGCGGGAGCGGGGGUCGCUUCCGGCGAGCACGCCUCCCUUCGCUGCAGACGGAGUCGCUGUGGGAGCGCGGCGAGGACCGACGCGGCGGCGGCGAGCAGCGCGGGGGCGGCAGCGACCAGGACGCGGCGCGCCGCAGCCGCAGCCCCACGCCCGAAGAGGCCCGGGGCGGCGGCAGGGGGCAGGCGGUGCUGCUGGACGCCGAGGCGCUCCUGCUGGCCGACGAGAGGGAGCAGGCCCUCGACCAGCAGCACGACGAGGACGGCGGCGACGACGAGGAGGACGAGGAGCGGCGGCGCCAGCAAGAGGAGCGCAGGUCCCUGGAGUCCUGGAGCUCGUGGAGCACGUCCACGUCCAGGACGAGCACCUCAUCCGCUAACAUGCAGCGGGAACGGGAAGUGCUCUCCACGAGGCAGCGUUUCGGCUCGCGCUGGGCGUCGAGCGGCUCGGCGUCGUGGUGCUCGGGCCUGAGCUCGGCGCGGUCCUCGCUCGGCGGCGCCAUGGCCCCGGGCACGUCCGCCAUGCUGCGCGCGCGGCGGCGCGACGUGAACGUCAAGCCCAACCGGCGCCUCGACCGCUCCUCCACCCGGGGCAUGAUCUACGAGAACGAGGAGCUGCGCCUCAGGACCAUCAACAUCAACGCCGAGGUCGAGCGGAGUCAGGACGACAUAAAGAAGCUGCGCCGGGAGAACGACCAGCUGCGGCGCGAGCUGUGGGGGCUGCGCGACGAGUACGACAAGCUGGAGGCGCUGCUCAAGCGGAAGCAGGUGGGCGACGCCUCGGACGAGUUCUCCGAGGACGAGGAGGAGGGCGAGGUGGAGGAAGAGGAGGAAGAGGACGGAGAGCAGAGCGGGGAGGAAGAGGAGGAGGAGGAGGAAGAGGACGAGGACGACGAUGGAGCCGGCGGUGACCGCGCCGCGGAGCGCGUCGAGGCGGACCCUGCCCAGGACGACGCGACCAAGAGUGCGGCCACCUCCCGGGAUCGCCAGGUGGACUUCGACAUGCUGAGCGUCGUGCAAGAAGAGACGGAGAACGACCAGACCGACUCACAGACGGGCGGCGAGGAUCAGGGCGCCUCCCCCAUCAUCCCCCGAAAGAAGGGCGUGUGCUUCCUGCUGGAGCCGCUGCCAGAGCACCAGCCCGCCCCGGCCGAGCAGCCACAGCAGCCGGCGCAGCCGGCGCCGCAGCCCACGCCACAGCCCGCGCAGCCCGGGGUGCAGCUCGGGUGCGACCAGUACCUCGUCAGCGCAGAGGGCAAGCCACUGCGCGGGGCGGCCGGUCAGUUCCUGACAACCGCGGACCUGGCCCGCGACCCCUUCCAGUACCCCGCGGCGUACGGCUACGCCACCGGCACCAUAGUCGGCGGCGUGCUCAUCCCCGCCGUCGACCCCUCGACGGGGAUUCCACUGACGGGUCUCUACCAGGAGGACGCUUACGGCACCGAGGUUCCCCUCGCCCACGGGCUGAACGGCGGCCACGUCAACGGCAGCGCCCUCGGCUUCGACGGGCUGGUCCCGGAGAUGUCGUGGGCCGCGGCAUCAUCGUCGUCGUCCCCGGCGCACACCGAAGACGACCCUCAGAUGCCGGUGAUGCAGCCGCGCGGAGCCCCCGACCUGUUCGUGGACGGCGCCUAUCCAGUGGGGCAGUCGGCGGACGGCUCGCCGUCGUCCGGCGUCAUAGAGCAGCUCCUCCGGAACAUCAACCUGGGCGUCGUCGACGACCCGGCCGGGACUGGGGAGAAGCCCUGGGAGCAGCCUGGCUUCCCGUGGCGCCGCCGCCUCCCCGCCGGCGACCUCCACGACCAGGGCAUCGGCGUCGCGAGCGGUCCGCCUCCGGGGGGAGGAUACGGCUGCAACGGGCCCGGCGCGCCCCUCGACGGUCGCGGCGCCCGCCCGGGUGGCGGCUACCAGGGCAGCACACCGAGAAUAGUGGUGCGCCGGCCGUCCGAGCCGCAAGUCGAGGCGCCGGCCGGCGGUGCGCCAGGGCCUCAGCCAGGGCUUCAGCCAGGGCUUCAGCCAGGGCUGGGCACGGGGGCGGACCCGGGGGCGGCACCACACCGCCGCUACAGCUACAGCUCGACGCUGUACCACUGGCCCGCACCGCCGCAGGCAGUGCUGCCUCUGGCGCAGGCGGGUGACAGUCGCGCCGCGUCCCCGGCCGAGCAGCAGCAGCUGGACGUCGGCCCUGCGGUGACAGCAUCGGCGACAACCCCGACACUGCUCGAGCGGCGCCGGAAGUCGUACCACGAGCGCGAGCUGCACAGCCUGCAGCUCUACCUGCCGCCCCCGGGCGACGAAACGCCGCCACCUACGUCGUCGUCGUCGUCUAGUCCGACGGCCGCCGCUACGACACCCGACGGCGCCGUCCUCUUGGAGCAGCAACCCCGGCACCGGCACGCCCCCGGCGACAGGCCGGGCCGCACCCCGUACCACACCCUGCCCGUCGCUGUCCGGGACAAGGGCGAUGGCCCCCUGGCCGCCUCCAUGUACCGCGCCGCCGAGGUGCGAGCACCCUGCCUGGUGGGUGAGAUGAGAUGCACGGCCCUGCCCGCGGCCUGGAAGACCUGCAGUGCUUGGACCUCAACCUGUAGUGCUCACCUACACCCCUCUCCCGAAACACAACCCCCCGUCUGCUUGGCAGUAACGUUUGAGUGCGUGUGGUCUCACUUAGCCUGUAGUGUUUGACGAAGCGUGUGGUGUAGUAGGAUCUGUUGAUCAUUGACAUAUUGGAAUUGGUAUUGGUAGCGCUAAUCUGCAUGGUGGUGAUGAGGUGUGUCUUGUAACGCGUCGCUGCUGUCCCCUUUCGGGGAACGCGGCGGCUCAUCUCAUUUUUCAUAAAUUUCCCGCGACCCGCGGCGAGGGAGGGGUAACAAAAAUAAAUAUACGGUUACGGUCCCGCUGCUGAGAUCACACGCGUCAAAGCAUAUUAUAUCAAUUUUUUUGGACCUGUUCCAUCGGGCCGCAGUUAAGCGCCACCUGAGAGUUUCGGGGAGCGCGGGGACAAGCCUAUAGCGUUUAAUUUCGAGCGGGGCGCCGCCGCCGUCGACGCCGCCGUCAAGAGCGUCCCGUCCAGGCCGGCCGUUUCCGUUUUACACCCGCACCGCCGCCCAGCCCGGCCCCGCGCAAUGUUGUCACCCGUCCGUUUUGAGUCCUAAGGUUUAUUUUUAAAACGCAAUGUGUGUUGGGGUGCGGAGGGCGCCACCACCAGCCGCGGGACCCCGCGGCGGACCAAAGAGCUUCCUCUCCAUCGCGUAAGUGUCGUUGGAGUUGAACUCUGCAGACAGGGCGGCAGGUGGCGUGGCGGCGCGUGGCGGCUGGCCAGCUCGGGGGGCAUUGUAAGCCAGCCCCGCCCCGUCCCGCUCCGCCGUAGUGCAUUGUGUCUGCCUGUCGGUGGUCUCGGCUCGCCGACCGCGGUUCGCGCUCGAGGUAUCGCGCCGGCCGCGGGCCAGACCGGCCAUAACGCACGAUUGGACGGGCAGGACGCCGGCCAACCAGGUGAACAAAACAAAAGGCGCGUUGUGACCGAUGGAGGGCGAGGGGGAGGACUACCAGCCGGGCGCAGCGGAGCGCGGCAAAUUUUUUGAAAUGAUGAAACACAGGACCUCGUUUAUAUAGCACGCGGCAGCCGCGGGACUCGCUCGACGACAGAGCAAGGAAGAGAAAGAGAGCGACAGAGAGAAAGAGAGAGAGAGAGAGAGAGAGAGAGAGAGAGAGAGAGAGAGAGAAAGCGACGCGGGCGCUGGUUCGGGGGAUUUGGCGAGCAGGCGAGUUAUUUGUGUGACGACCACUGAUGUCUGACGACGCCCGGCGCGACCGGCUCGCGGGCCCUGCAAGGUAAUGGCCCGGCUGAACGGCGGCGCGGGGCUUACGCACCCUUGCGCGGCCCCGCGGCUCCGGGGCUGC